CAGACCGCCUGCGCACACGCAGUCAGUGGGCCCGCGGGGAGGCGGUGGCGGAGGUCAUCGCCGGGAGGCGGGGCGGAGGCAGCAUGGCAGCCUCCUUGCGGCUCCGGAGAGCCGCCUCCGGCCUCCGGUACUGGAGCCACCGGCAGCGGCCGGCAGCUGCCAGCUUUGCAGCGGUUGUUUCUAGGUCAAUGGCUUCUAAGACUCCAGUUGGAUUUAUUGGACUGGGCAACAUGGGCAAUCCAAUGGCAAAAAAUCUCAUGAAACAUGGCUAUCCACUCGUUAUUUAUGAUGUGUUCCCUGAUGCAUGCAAAGAGUUUCAAGAGGCAGGUGAACAGGUAGUGUCUUCCCCAGCAGAUGUAGCCGAAAAGGCUGACAGAAUUAUUACAAUGCUGCCCACUAGUAUCAAUUCAUUGGAAGCUUACACUGGAGCAAAUGGAAUUCUGAAAAAAGUGAAGAAAGGCUCAUUGUUAAUAGAUUCCAGUACCAUUGAUCCUGCAGUUUCAAAAGAACUGGCCAAAGAAGUUGAGAAAAUGGGAGCAGUUUUCAUGGAUGCUCCUGUUUCUGGUGGUGUAGGAGCUGCUCGAUCUGGGAACCUCACGUUUAUGGUAGGAGGAGCUGAAGAUGAAUUUGCUGCUGCCAAAGAGUUGCUGGGAUGCAUGGGCUCCAACGUGGUGUACUGUGGAGCUGUUGGGACUGGGCAGGCUGCCAAGAUCUGCAACAACAUGCUGUUAGCUAUUAGUAUGAUUGGAACUGCUGAAACCAUGAAUCUUGGAAUCAGGUUAGGGCUUGACCCAAAACUGUUGGCUAAAAUACUAAAUAUGAGUUCAGGACGCUGUUGGUCAAGUGACACUUAUAACCCUGUACCAGGGGUGAUGGAUGGCGUUCCUUCAGCUAAUAACUAUCAGGGUGGAUUUGGAACAACACUCAUGGCUAAGGACUUGGGAUUGGCACAAGACUCUGCCACCAGUACAAAGAGCCCCAUCUUUCUGGGCAGUCUGGCCCAUCAGAUCUUCAGGAUGAUGUGUGCAAAGGGAUACUCAAAGAAAGACUUCUCAGCUGUGUUCCAGUUCCUACGAGAGGAGGAGAACUUCUGAGUGUGCCUCUUGGUAUGGACACUGUUGGAACAGACUGUCCCCUGGAGCUUCCUUCUAGCUCACUCCACAAGUAAAUGAGUUUAAUCAAGGUCAUCUGUCUGCUUUUGAUUGUCUGAGUAACAGUAAUCCCUAGGAUUUCUCACCCAUUUUUAACUGUUUAUUCUUUUUGUCUGUUUAGCAAACAUCUGAGGAAAAAAUUGUUUUGUGCAAACCAUUGAGGGUUUUUGCUAACUAAAAUGACCUUUUAAAAAAGUGUGACCCCUGAUUAUCUUCAAAUAAAUUAUUCCAUACUUCAGUCAGCAUAUUGUUUACUCCACUUGCCAAAUAAAAACAAAUAUUUUGUCAACAACAUCGAAUCCAUCCUACAGCAAAGAAAAGAAGCCAGUGCGAGGAAAAUUAGACAAAGGAAGUAUUACCUAUACCCCUUGGACUGUUAAUCAAGUGGUGGUAUUCUUACAUUUCUGAGAUUACUGAUUUAUUUUUCAGGGAAUGGAUAAAGUAAAAGAAUUUGUUCCUGCAUGUUUUAUAAUUUGGACUCUGUUACAGCAUCUUAGUGUGCCCCUCUUGUUCCAACUCCCAGUACUCAGCAGACUUUAUAUUUUUUGCUUCCUUGUACAUUCUUACUACAUAUUUUUUGACUUCAAAAGAAUGAUAUCAUAAGAGUGUUUCAGAGCUUUGGAGCUUUGCUUUGGAUAAUUAUUCUAAAUAUAACCACAUUAUUUUGAAUUAAAAUAAAUCACUGAUAUUUUC